ACCGAGGUACCUACAAUUGGCAUCACACUACAUCUACUCAAAUCUCAAGUACAUACAUCGACCACAGGUUGAAGUUUGCAGAUCCGUUGAAGACAACGCAAUAAGAAACCACUAAACACGAAAUGGCUUCUUUCAAGUAUCUGAUAUUCAUCGCCUUGGCCGUGUACUCCGUUGCCGCCGAAGAAGGAGUAAGAGCAAAGAAACACGCCUACAUCGCCGCUGCCCCAACUCCGGUCUUGGGAUACUCUGCCUCAGCCCCUGGAUCUUUUUCAUAUGCAUACUCAGAUUACACCAGCUACCCGUACAACUAUCCCGUGGCAGCAGCCGCAUACCACGCACCCGCUACAUACCCAGCAGCAGCUUACCCAGUAACAGCUUAUGCUGCAGCCGCAUACCCGAGCUACCACGAAGAUGACGGCAAAUACUGGCCCGGCAAAUAUGAAAAGUCUUACAUCCCAGCCUACAAGACCGGAUACCUAAGCUACCCCGAAGACGAUGGCAAAUACUGGCCCGGCAAAUACGAAAAGACUUACAUCCCAGCCUACAAGGCCAGAUACCCGGUCGCCUACCACUACUGAACACCCCCACAACAAUGAUUCUCAACCUUCCUUUAACAGACUCGUAGAUUUUUUAAUUGAAUUUUAACAAUAAAAACGUGAUGUUAGUUUUUCCAUAAGUUAA